AGAGAGAGAAUUAUGUGGUAGCUGUAGAUUUUAUCAGUUUUUAAAGUUGGAAGAAAUUCAUUCUUUGAGAAUGGAAGGAGCUCAACAAAAACUGAUGCUCUCUCUGCUUUUAAUGGCGGAUUGAGAAACACAAACCCCAAUUUCUUCAAACUUAUGAGAUGGGGGAUUAACUUUUUUCCUUUCAAACAUGAGAUGAGAUGACAAGUUUCAUAUUUAAUCUUCAUCAUCUUCAUCUUCAUCAUUUGUAGCAGUGUUUUUCUGUUCUUCAACUCUCAUCAAUCACUUCUUCUUCUUCCUCUUCUUGCUUUUCCCUUCCAUGGCGAAAACAGGCGUGUUUGAUUCUGAUCCUACAGUUAUGGGGAAAGCCACGGAGUUGAAGAGGGAGUUACAGAGACUUAUCGUUGCUAUUAUUGAUGACGAUAAUUACUCCACCGACACCAUUGAUAACGCUAAAGAAAUUCUUUCUGCACUUAAGGAGUUGAAACUCAGGAAGAGAUCGCGUUCUUCUUCUAAUCUUUUCGAGAAUCUCAUUUGUCCUGAAGAAUUUCGUUGUCCGCUUUCUAGAGAACUCAUGAGAGAUCCUGUCAUUGUGUCUACUGGCGAGACAUAUGACAAACCCUUCAUUCAGAAAUGGCUGAAAUCAGGGAACAGGACUUGCCCCAGAACUCAGCAAGUUCUUUCACACACCAACCUCACUCCCAAUCACUUGAUUCGUGAAAUGAUAUCUCAGUGGUGUACAAGUCGGGGAAUUGAGUUGCAAGACCGUGUCCGUGUUCAUUAUCUUGAUGAUGAUGUGAUAACAGAGGCUGAUCGUGAUCGUUUUCUCACGUUAAUAGAGAAAAUGUCUAUGACAAUAUCUGAACAGAAAGCAGCUGCUAAGGAGCUUCGAAUGUUGACGAAGCGAAUGCCCUCAUUUCGAGCACUUUUUGGUGAGUCCCUUGAUGCCAUAUCUUUGUUGCUUAGUCCACUUUGUGGAGAUAAGUCGCAAAGUAGUAGUAUUCACACGGAUCUGCAAGAAGAUGUAAUCACAACACUCUUGAAUUUGUCGAUCCAUGACAACAACAAGAAGCUUGUUAUCGAAACACCCAAUGUAAUACCUCUUCUAAUGGAAGCGUUAGGAUCAGGAACCAUGGAAACAAGGAGCAAUGCAGCUGCAGCCCUAUUUACACUGUCUGCUCUCGACUCAAACAAAGCAAUCAUUGGGAAAGCUGGUGCGUUGAAACCACUUAUCAAGCUUUUAGACGAGGGGCAUCCUUUAUCAAUUAAAGAUGCUGCUUCAGCAAUAUUCAAUCUUUGUAUAAUUCAUGAAAACAAAGCAAGAGCUGUGCGAGAUGGUGCAGUCCGAGUGCUUCUGAAAAAGAUCAUGAACCAGAUGCAUGUUGAUGAGUUGUUGGCUAUUCUUGCAAUGCUAUCGUCCCAUCAAAAAGCUAUCGAAGAAAUUGGUGAACUUGGAGCCGUCCCUUUCUUACUCAGAAUUAUCAGGGAAAGUUCUUGUUCACGUAACAAGGAAAAUUGCAUUGUGAUCAUCCAUGCAAUCUGCUUAUACGAUCGAACCAAAUGGAAGGAUAUGAGGGAGGAAGAGAAAUGCUAUCGAACUAUCUCCGAACUUGCUCAGAAUGGAACUUCUAGGGCCAAGAGAAAGGCCAGUGGCAUACUUGAAAGACUAAACAGGGUAGUUAAUAUGACCCACACUGCCUAAUGAAAUUCCUCGGCAUUAAAAACUUGUAGAUUCUGCGUCUAAAUCCGGCACUCUCGUCUUUGCUAAGACUCGGUCAUCUGUUUGGGUAAUCUUCAAUCAUCUUUUUUCUUUUUGUAUAUUCUCUUAUCCUGUGGAGUCUAAUGUCGAUUUCACUGCCAAGUUCAUCAGUUAGUCAAUGUGAAUAAAUGUGAAGUGAGUUCUGUUGAUAUUAGUUUUUCUUUUUCUUUU